AUGACACUCACCCUUUCGACCACAGGAACCAAUACUGAUGCAGUACUCAUCUCUCUCAAUCCGGUCUCUAUUGUGGCAUCUCAUAAGGCGCCCACGACACCGGAUGUCACCACAGGGAUUACCAAUGCAGUCCAAGCUGUGAUUGACGCCUCCAAUGUCUCGCGCUCGUCUAUUGGUUGCAUUAUUAUUGGAACAACGCAUUUUAUCAAUGCUGUCGUUCAACGCUCAUCUUCAUUGCGAAGCGUCGCAGUCAUCAGGCUUUGUGGAGGGCCCGAAGAAGGGUUUGGACGUGGAAUUCCUCCCUUCAUCGAUUUUCCUGCUGAUCUCCGAGCUCGUAUUGAAACGCCUCAGAUCUACUUCUGCCACGGAGGAUUCCAAAUUUCCGGUAGUGAAAUUAGCCCUCUGGAUGUGAAGGAGCUUGAGCGCGUGUCAGAAGAUUUGGUCAAGAACAAUAUCUCCAACAUUGUUAUUGCAGGCAUGUAUUCUCCAAUAAGUCAUCUGCAUGAGACAAAAGCCAAGGAAAUUCUCCUACGUUGCAUGUCCGAUAACGGAAAAUCGAGCUUCAAGCCUCGAAUCACACUAUCACAUGAGGUGUCUGGGCUGGGUUUUCUUGCCCGCGAAAAUGCUGCAAUUCUAAAUGCCACAUUGCGACCACUGGCCGAGAAAACAAUAUAUGGGUUCCGAAAAGGGAUGGAAAACAUUUUCAAAGGAAGUCCCUACACACUAUAUCUCACUCAAAAUGAUGGUAGUGUUCUCGGUGCUUCAGAAGCCAUUGAGUUGCCUAUUCGGACUUUUAAUUCUGGACCGACAAAUUCCAUCCGUGGCGGGGAGCUGUUAUGGCGAGCCGCAGCCGAGGCAGAUGGUGAAAAGUAUGGCAAAAGAACCGAGCCCCUGGUGGUGAUCGACAUUGGAGGCACAACAUCCGACAGUGGGCUGCUACUUCCGAAUGGUUUGCCACGGAUGAGCUCUAUAAUGAGUCUUGUCGGUGGAGUUCGUACCAACUUCGCCCUUCCCGCGGUUGAGAGCAUCGGGUUAGGGGGGCGGCUCUAUUAUCCGGACUAUGGAUGGUGGGGCUAUCUCCGUCGGUCCGGAUAG